AUGGAGGAAAAUAAAGGCUCAGUUUUAAAAGUCACCAAGGACGGUUCAAUUACUUGCCAAAUCCAAGAAUAUUUGCUAACAUAUUAUACCUGAAAAAACAAAAAAUUCAAAAUAUUCGCUUUUAUAUUAAAAAGUUCAAUAAAUUCUAAAGAAUACAUAUGAAAAAUUAACAAAAGCUAUAGUGAUUUCUCUCAAACUAUCAACGAGCUUCAAACUGAAAAAGGCACUCGCAACUUGAAUUUACCUCAUUGGCCCAAGCAAAGACACUUUCAACGUAAAAAUGACGAGGAAAAAUUGAAUAUUUGUUUUGAAAUGCUCAAAGCUUUUUUAGCUCCUGAAUUCAGUUCUUCUAAGAUCAUCAUGGAAUUUAUUGAAGUUUCGUCAAAAUCUUUUGAGCAUGAUAAAAAACUCAAAGAAGGCUUCGUCCUAAAGAUGGGAGGAGGAAGAGUGAGCAACCAAAAAAAACUUUUUAAUUGCUAUAACUGUGGUACAAGGAUUUCGAAAAGGUGGCUUAGAAUAAAUGAAGAUGGCCUAGAAUAUGUCCACGAUCCUUUUCUCAGCAAUUUAUCUGACGUGAUUCCUUUUGGAAAAGAUUUUGCAAUCAAAAGUGGAAGAAAAGAAACAGAUUAUAUAGAUGGUUUAAGAAUUAUGACACCUCAACAUAAUGUAGUAUUUAGAACAGGCAGCGUUUUUAAACGUGAUGAAUGGGUUGAAGCCAUUGCUGUAGCAUAUAGUCAAUCAGAGUAUAAAAUAUCGCAAAUCCCCAACGAUUCUUCAUUUUUAGUACGAAAUCAUAACCAUGUGAAAUGGUACAUUGAUGGUGAAAAUUACUAUUCUGAUGUAUAUGAAGCAUUAAUCAAUGCAAAGAAUUUUGUUUUUAUUACUGACUGGUGACUCAGUCCUGAUAUGUAUUUGAAAAGGCCAGCAUCAAAAUAUCCUGAGUCUCAAAUUGUAGAAGUCCUUGGAAGUCUUGCAGAUCGAGGAGUGCUAGUAUAUAUCCACAUUUAUAAAGAAAUCACCUUUACUUUGACUCUAAACUCUUUGUAUACUAAAACAAGGCUCACACAAAGGAACCAAAAUAUCAGAAUAAUGCGCCACCCAAACGUUUCUAUCAAAGGAGGGUCUUUUCUUUGGUCUCAUCACGAAAAAAUGGUAAUAGUUGACUACAAGCUUGCCUUUAUGGGAGGGCUUGACCUUUGCUAUGGGCGUUGGGACAAUAAUCUGCAUUAUCUUGCAGAUAAUGGAGAAGAAAAAAUAUGGAAUGGGAUUGACUAUUCUAACGUCAGAAUAGCUGACUUCACUAAGGUUGAAAAUUGGGAAAGGGACACUAUAGAUAGAUCGACAGCUCCUCGAAUGCCAUGGCAUGAUAUAGCGAUUUCAGUCAGAGGAAGGGUUGUAGGCGAUAUAGCAUCUCAUUUUAGAGAUCUAUGAAACCAUUCAGUCAGGGAUAUCACUGGGUCUAAAGAAAAUUCUGAACUGAUUUCACUUAUGGAUACGACAAAGCUGCAAAGGAUUCAGACAAAGAUGGACAUUGUGAUAAGCAAAACAACAGAAAGCCAAAUUGUAGAUAACGAAGAAGAGCAAGCCAAGCAGACUCCAUCGAAAGGAAAACUGACAAUAUUUAAAGGACUGGUAAGUCAGCUGUUUUCUGGAGAAUCUGAUAAUCCAGUAGACAAUGCUGCUUUCAAUGCGAAUAUCUUGCAUCAGCAGUUUUAUUAACUCACUCCUCCGCAGCGAGCAAAAAAUUUUAUUCACUCAUAAAGGGGACUAAUUUUUAUAGUAAUUUUAUUUAAAAAAUUAAAAAUAUCCUGUUUUGGAAAACAAAAUUUAUUUAAUUUGUCAAAUUUAUGUUUAAAAUGCAAGCUAUUUUUAAUUCAGUAGAAUUAGCUAGAGAUUUCAUGAUAGUAAUUAUCACUUAUAUAAAAAUAAUUUUUAUAAAAAUGUUUUUGGUCGGUUGUGGUAAGUUUUUUGGCCAAAAAAUCGGGAUUUUUCCAAUAAUUCUGUUUCCUCAUAGAGUGAGGAUUAAGCAGAGAGAGAGAAUUAAUAGCACACCUGAAAGAAUGCAGCUCGUAACUUCAAUGAACAGUCCAGUUUCAAGAAAACCAGGAUUAAUUGAGCAUCUUGGGCUUCAAAAUGUUUCAAUUUUUUCAAAACUAAUCCAAUCCAACUUAUUAACCCCACAUCCAAGAGCACAAAGAUUUUUCAGCGAGCAAGAUAAGGACGAGCGAGAAGAAAGAGAAAGAAAGGAAGAGUUGGAUUAUGAAGAAACCAUAGUCAGGCUUAGAACAGAGAUUACAAGAGGUUCCAAAGCUUUUAUUGAUGUUACCCCAAAAAUCUCCCCUCAAAGCACUGAAACCAUUGGUAGCUGCGAAUGCCAGCUUGUAAGAAGUGCAGGACUGUGAUCGAUAGGAAUGCUUCCUGCAGAAAGCUCGAUACAUUCUGCGUAUAUUCAUGCUAUUUAUGACGCUCAAUAUUUUAUAUAUAUAGAAAAUCAGUUUUUCAUCUCAAGUACUGCAGGAUCACCUGUCAUAAACUGCAUUGCUGAAAGCUUAACUUAUCGUAUAGUCAAAGCCAUAAACCUGAAUCAGCCUUUCAAAGUAAUAGUAGCUAUUCCUUUGCUUCCAGCCUUUGAAGGAUCAGUUGACGACCCUUCAGCUUCAGUGCUCCGUGUCCAGCUUCACUGGGAAUAUCAAACUAUCUGUAGAGGGGCCAAUAGUAUCUAUGAGCAUCUUAAAAAGUAUACAAAAAGACCUAAAGAUUACAUAAGGUUUUACUCCCUUAGAACCCAUUCAAUGCUUGACGACACCCCAGUCACUGAAAUGGUUUAUAUCCAUUCAAAACUUAUGAUUGUAGAUGACCAAGUAAUGAUCUGUGGAAGCGCCAAUAUAAAUGACCGCAGUAUGAAUGGCGACAGAGACAGCGAGAUAGCUUUAGUAAUAAGAGACAGCAAUAAAGUCAUGAGUGUUAUGGAUGGGAAAGAGUUUGAAGUAGGAGAACUCCCUCAUAGCUUACGCAUAAACAUUUUUAAGGAGCAUUCAGGAUGUGAUGACCCUAGAGUAUUAAGGGAUCCUUUUUCUGAUGAAUUUAGAGAGGUCUGAAAGUAUAGGGCUAAGCUAAACACCUCGUAUUACAGGAAUGUGUUUAGGUGCUAUCCUGAUGAUAGGAUUAAAAAAAUCAAAAAAAUAAAAAGCUAUGAAAAUAGAGCUAAUUUAGAAGAUUAUCACCAUUUAGUAGAAAAUGUAAAAGGGAAUUUAGUAGAGUUUCCGCUCAAGUUUUUAGAAAGAGAAGACUUGCAGAUUAAAGUGUCGAAUAAGGAGUAUUUCUUGCCGGAUAUCACAUUUGUUUAG